GAGAGUCUGGGCUGCGUUGGAGGCCCAGACCCGAGAAGGCGGAAAUGCCUGAGGUCAACUCAGGGCGGCAGAAACAGCCCGUGGGCAGGAAGGGAGUGGAUCAGAAAGUUCUAGCGGAAUGCAGGAGUGAGUAAGGAGGCCGAGCUGACCGGGACGUGUGCGAGGUGCGGCAAAGGUGCAGAGGUCAGAGGUGCGGGCCCUAAGGCGGGCUGCGCGGGGUCCAGAGGGGCCGGAGCUGGGAACCCACGGCGGGGCCAGGUCAGACCGAAGGAGCGGGCGCCAACGGGACAUCGUCUUCCCUCGGCAGGGCCCGAGGAUGCAGCCAGAGCCGGCGAAGGGGACCGCGCGCAGGGUCCCGCGGGAGCGAGCGGGCAAGGGCGCGCAGGGCGCAGGGGCCCGCGUGGGGUGUGCCAAGGCGGAGCCCCCGACGCCGGGCUGGGCCCUCACGCUGGAGGGGCUGGCGGCCAUGCGGCCCGCGCAGCGCCACAGCCACCUGCUCUUCGGCGACCUGCUGGAGGACGUGGACGCGGCCGCCUCCGUCUUCCCGAGCGAGUCAGCGGAGCUGGGGUACCGCAUGCCUGACCCGCGCGCGUGGACGCUGCCGCUCGAGCCGCCCGCGCAGCGCCAGGACCGGGUCCUCGGCGUCCUCAAGGCCGCCGAGGCCCACGGCCGAGUCCGCGCUCUCCGACUGCGCUACGCCCGCCUGCGGGCGGAGGAGGUCUCGCUCCUCAUCCUGCGGCAGAAGUCCGCGCGCGCCGCCCUCCGGCUGGAGCUGUUCCUGCCGCCGCAGCUGAAGCCCACGCGGAUCCCAGACCCCCUGGACCGUCAAGAGCGGAGGCGCGUGGAAACCAUUCUGGAGGAGAAAGUCGACGGCAGCAUCUUCCCGCGCUGAUGGCGACCCCACAGGGCACGACUGCG